AUGUUUCCGCUUUCAGCUCAAUCGUAUCUUUUGAAAGAAAAAAUUGGUUCGGGAUCUUUUGGCAUUGUCUGGAGGGCAAUUGAAAAAUCUUCUGGUGCUAUUUUGGCAGUCAAGCAGAUUGAUUUGGAAGCGUCUGUGGAUGAUAUAACUGAAAUUGAACAAGAAGUUCUUAUGCUCUCCAAUUGUAGUCAUCCUAAUGUUAUCAAUUAUUACGGAUGCUUCGUCCAAGGACAUGUUCUUUGGAUUCUCAUGGAACAUAUGGAUGGAGGUUCUGUUUCUGGGCUUUUGAAAAAGCAAGGCUUAGAAGAAGAAACGAUCUCAAUAAUUUUACGGGAAACGCUGAAAGGUUUGACUUAUUUGCACAACCAAAAUAAGAUUCACAGAGAUAUAAAAGCGGCCAAUAUACUCUUGUCUUCUACAACUGGUGAAGUCAAACUUGCUGAUUUUGGCGUUGCUGCCCAACUAUCAAAUGCCGCUUCCAGGCGAUAUACCUUCGUAGGGACCCCUUUUUGGAUGGCCCCAGAAGUCAUACAACAAACCAGCUAUGGAACAGCGGCAGAUAUUUGGUCUUUAGGAAUCACGGCUAUAGAGAUGGCAGAAGCAGCUCCUCCCAGAGCAACAAUGCAUCCUAUGCGUGUUAUAUUCGAGAUUCCACAGUCAGAGCCACCAAAGCUUUCUUCUAAUUACAGUCUGGAAUUUCGAGAUUUUGUGUCUCGUUGUUUAAAGCUUCAUCCUGCUUCUCGUCGCUCCUCAUCUUCUCUACUAGACCAUCCCUUUAUUAAAGGCUCCGGGAAAAUUGAGCUCCUGGUUCCCUUACUUUUGGACAGCAAAAUCUAUUCUGAUAUACAGCAAAAUCCCGAAGAUGAUCUUGAUCCAGGCACUAAUAAUACUAUAAAAAUUCCAGACUCUACAUCACAUCUGAACAAUAAUACCAUAGAUGAUGAUUGGAAUUUUGAAGAUACAGUUCGCAUCGCUUCUCCGAAUGAUACAAAAAAGAAUCACUCCAUCGAAACGGCAAAACCACAAAAGGCUCAGACUCCUAAUUCUAAUUUAGACUUUUGUUUUUCAUCCAUGCAAUCCAAUGAAGCUGAUGUUACUAGAAGGCCCACAAAUUACUCCCUCAAAGAAAACUCCUGUGGUACAACUCAUUUCUCUAAACCUUCUCGUCCGCAAAAUCUAGCAAUUACGUGUUUUGACUCAAUAGUUUCUGCAAUUCUUUCGGAUCCAAAUUUGUCUGCGGAUGAAAAGUCCUCUCUGAAGUUGCUAAGUUCCACUUUCAACUCAUUAGAUGAAAAUACGUCUUCUCGUUUAAUGAAAAGUCUUAUGUUUGACAGCAAGCUAAAUCCAAGAAAAAAGAAACGAGGACCUAUUGCUCAACUGCUAUUUUCUCGAUGGCUCGAAGAAACUGAUAAACGUAGAAGUUCAAGUUAUUCUUUUUCACCCGACUGA